AUACAUGUAUAGCGCAUCGUUUCCUACUUCUUCUCAUUUACUUACUUCAUUUAUGGAUAAUUAUUAAUGAAACAAAAUAUUAUAAAUAAAAUUAAAGUUGUCCAAUGUUGAUUGCACGUCACCAAGUCGAGUCGGAGUCAAUGUAACGAGAACAAAAAGUGAAAGUUUAGUCAAGAAACACUCCGAUUGGUUAUGGCUACUUAAGGCUACGCGCCACCAAUAGAACGCUGUCCUUGAACAACGUUUUGGAUUUGUGAGAACAAAACUGAGGCAGUGAUUUGUCAAGUUGACUUACCGGAAGUUACACUAUGCGAAUAUACUUCGCAUGUUAUGACUUAAAGUUUCUAGUUGUGUGUAAAAGUUUAUAAUUUAGUUUAAGUAAAUGAAGUGAGUGUAAGAUGAUUACAUUAUGCUUCCUGCUUCUGAUAGCAGUCACGAAAGACUGUGUGUCGCAGGACGAGGACGGGCCGUAUCGUGGCAAGUUUAUCGGGAAACUCAACUCCUACCAUCAUCAGGUGUCCGGUGAAGUGUACGCUGUUGAUGACUUUACUAUACUUCUGGUAAAUUUCAACUACGAUGGCACCGGAGAUGACACAUUCUUCUGGGCUGGAGAUUCAGGCCGGCCUGGCCCACAAGGAUUCAUUGUUCCCAAUGAGUAUGGCAGGACCAACAUCCUGGAACGCUACUACAAUGCAGAGGUGAGGCUGGCCGUGCCCGAGGGCAAGCGCAUCUCUCGCAUCAAGUGGCUCGCCGUCUACGACAUCGGCAGCCAGAACACCUUCGGGGACGUGUACGUGCCCGACGACUUCGACGCCCCGGCCGAGCGCGCCAUCGGCCCGCUCGCCGGCUCGCCCGCCGUCUCCAGCAAACCAGUGCGACUGCUCGACGCCUCCACCAUACUGAUCCCGGAGUUGCGGUACGACGGCAGCGGCGAGGAGGUCUACUUCUGGGUCGGCGUGGGCCCGCAGCCCUCCUCUAAAGGCGAGAAGAUUCCUGACGAAUAUGGCUACCUGGAGCCGCUGCGGCGCUACGCGGGCGAGGACGUGCGCCUGGCGCUGGGCGUGCCGCCCGCGCCGCGCCGGCCCGCCGCGCCGCGCGCGCGCCUGCCGCACUGCCGCCAGCUGCACCGCGACCUGCAGGUGUCCUGGGAGGUCUUCGGCAACCAGCUCACGCUGGAGGUGGCGGCGCGCAUGGACGAGGACGAGUACGUAGCCUUCGGCAUCUCCGGCAGCGACAGCGCCUCGCGCAUGCUGGGCGCCGACGUGGCCGUGCUGCAGUACGACGCGGCGCAGCAGCGCGGGCUGGCGACGGACUACAACGUGACGGCGGCGGCGCCCUGCGUGCAGGUGCUGGGCGCGUGGCGCGGCGUGUGCGCCGACGCCGUGCUGGGCGGGCUGGACUCCAACCAGGUGUUCGGCGCGCGCCGCGAGGACGGCCUCACCGUCAUCUCGUACCGCCGCACGCUGGCCGCGGCCGAGCCCAUGGACCGCGACUGGGCGCUGGACCGCCCGGUGUACGUGGUCUGGGCGCUGGGCCGCCUGGACGCGGCCCGGGAGCCCGCCUUCCACCGCCUGUACCCGCGACACGACGUGUCCCUGCGGCUCACGCAGGACCCGCCCGACAACGACUGCGUGCCCUUCACCGUUGGGUCCCGGUCGGCGCCGCCGCCGUGGGAGGUGGCGGAGCUGUUCGACCCGGCGCUGCGCGUGUUCACGUUCCGGCUGGGGCCCGCCGGCGGCGCGCGGGGCCUGGCCGGCCGGCCCCUGCGGCACUCGCCGCCCCUCGCCUGGUACGUCAACGGCCAGCUGGCCCCCGACUUGCAGCUGCGCCGCGGCCUGCAAUAUGUCUUCAAGGUGUACGGCGGUAACGAUCCGCACUCGGCCACGGAGUACCACCCGCUCAUAGUGACGGCCGAGCCACUCGGCGGCCUCGAGCGACUCAGCGAGCUCGCGCAGCGCCAGGCGCGCGUCCUGGCCGGCGUCCACUACACGCGCCGCGGCCGUCUGGCGCCCACCGCAGCGGGCCCGCUGUGCAUGGCGCGGCACGCGGCGGGCGCGGACCGGCGCCGCGACGACGACUACGGCACCUUCCGCGCCUUCAACCGCUCGCUGCAGUGGCAGUGCGCGGCCGGCGCGCCCGCCGAGCUGCUGGUGGCGCCCAACACCACGUGGCCCGACCGCGUCUACUACCAGUCCUUCACGCACGCCGGCAUGGGCGGCCGCAUCUACGUCGUCGACAAGCACCGCCGCAACAUCGGCCGCACCGGCGCCGCCGCCGCGCGCGCGUGA